AUGACGAUGAAGAGGAUUGUGCUCUCCUCGGGCUGCUGCUGCUUUGUUCUGUUUGCUAUUAUUCUCACGGCCGUGCUGCUGGCCAAAUCGCACGUGGAGCUCGGGCCGAACUUGUACGGCUUGCGGUACGGUGGGUACAACAACAAGGUGUACUCUAAGAUCUACAACAAGAACGCCAAGUACUGGCUCUCGCCUGAGGACGAGUUCAUCACGUUCCCGUCGACGGCGGUGACCAUCGACCACACGUCGCUCGAGUGCUUCACCUCGGAUCGGGUCAAUCUCGAUCUCACGCUCUCGUUCCAGUACUCGAUCGCCAAGAACUCGCUGGUGGAGAUGCUGUUCCGCUACGGCGAGUUCAGCCAGCUCAACGGGUUCAUUUACAUCCUGACACGCGACUCGAUCCGCGACGUCUGUGCCCUGUACACCUACGACCAGUUCUACACCACCCGCGGGACGAUUGAGACGGCAAUGCGGAACAAGGUAGCCUCUGACAUGGAGGAGUUCUCAGGCAAUCUCGACGUCGGUGCGCUGCAGCUGCAGAACGUGCACCUCCCGCAGGCGCUCUCGGACGCCAUCGAGGAGAAGGAAGACGCGGUGCAGUCGGUGGUCAACGCCGAGAACGCGCGGGCCCAGGUGCUCAUCCAGGCCGACACCGACUACAAGACGGCGCUACAGGACAAGGAGAUUUCGCUGAUCUCGGCCGAGGCCGACGCCCAGGCCGCAGCCAUCACGGCGUCGCAGAACGCGGUGCUGAUCAAGGUCCAGGCCGACCAGAAGGCUGCGGCCGAGCGGGCCAAGCUCGAGGAGCGGGCAGCAGCAUUUGCCUUUGUCGCCUCUCAGCUCGGCCUCAACGGAACCGAUGUCAUUCCUGCGCUCCGCUAUCUGGUCAACACCGGCGGCGUCGGAGAUCUGGGGGCCGCAACAGCGCCGACCAGCUUGGAGAGCACGCUGGAGAUGAUUGGCUUUGCCGCGAUUCCCGACGAUGCAGAGUGCGUGCUCCUGUCGGGCGGAGCACCUGGUGCGGAUGCCGUGUUUGACGAGGUGGUGCGGUGUGCGUUGCCUGAUACCAGCGUUUGCAUCCAUUGGUCGUUCGCGGAGCACAGGAGGGAAUACGCAGCCGACCCUGCCGGCCGCGUCGAGAUUUGGGACGAGCUUGCGGGCGCUGUGGGCGAUGCGCGACUGCAGAUCGCGGCAUCCGGCCUCGGCCAGCGGGUGCCUCGGAAGACGAGCCGCGCUCUCAAGUUCUUCCGCCGCAACGUCUUCCAGGUCCUCUGGGCCGAUGCUGUGUACGCGGUGACUUGGAGUGAUCCCAAGGCGCGCUACCCAAUCGAGGUCGGCGGCGGAACCAAGUGGGCUCUGCAGGCGUAUAUCGACCGGUUUGCCCCGAUCGGCAGCGAGCCUGCCGACGAGUGCCAACUCUACCUGUACGAGGUCAACUCGCGCGAGUGGCGGCGAUGGCGGCAGGUGGAUCAGGUCUGGGAGGCGAUGGCCGAUCUGCCGCCGUCACCGCUUGACACACCCGGCUUGCGGUUUGCCGGCAUCGGCACGCAGACGAUGCCGCCGCAUGCAGUCGCUGCCGUCUACGAUCUGUUCCGUCUCACCGCGCCCGACCUUGACCACUAAACCUCCUCCUCCUCA